AUGUCAAUUUCCUGGGAGAACGCUUGGGCCACCAUUCUUAGCUACAGAGCAGAUCACCCUGCGCCCGUCGACCAGAUGGGCUGCAAUUCGUGUGCUUUAUCAACGGACUCGCCCAACCCUGAAGAUUUUUCCCCAAUCUCCAUUCUGGCUAGCUUUGAUAUCAAUGACGAGCAUUCUACUCAAUCCCUGGAGAGCCUUUUAAAACCCAUUUCGUUUUUUAAGACAAAGGCCAGGUAUGUCUUUUUCACUUUUUUAAGAAAUCUUCUCAAAAUAUCGGCCAUUUUGGUGGACAAAUAUAAUGCCGAUGUUCCUGACUGCCUCGAUGAUGACGCUUGGCAUAUCUGUAGAUACCCACAUCCAUCGGAUUUCGAACCGGUUGAAAUGGGUCUCCACAAAAUCGCCCGAAGAGACGCGAAAGGUAAAAACGGGCGUUUAAACUUGCCUGCCUUAAAGAAAUUAGAAGACCUCAUUCCACAUGAAACAUGGCCAAAAGUCAACGCCACACUGGUAGGCUUUGGCCAGACCGUAUGCUCGGCCAUCAAGCCAAAGUGCACUGAUUCAAGAUCUGCUUCACGCUCAGGAAAGAACACCGUGCUUCGUCAUCCUGGUUUGGUAUGCGCCUUGUUUGAAGAACGAAGACGGGACAUAUACUAUACAAAUGAUCCUGUAAAGUACAGUCGUAAUCUUCAAAAAAAAGAAUGA